CAUGAAUACUGUAUUAUUGCUGACUCCUCCAGGGCCCACUUUAACUCUUCCUUCAACCAGAAUGCCUGCGGAACUAGCUUUGUGGAACCGCAGGGGAUAAAGAUCUUUAUUUGCAAUGUCGAACUCCAGCAGAGUAACCCUUUAUUGCUUUCCACACGCGCAAAGCCGGGUUCUAAACGCUGCAGUUCGCGUUUCUCGGCUAACGAAAGAAACACGAGGAACUGCUUGCAGGUGCAGGGGAUGAAGCCAAGAAAAGAAAAGCGAGGCCGAAAGGGCGCAACCACCAAGUCUGCGGAGAAACCAGGGCCGGUGGAGCAGAGAAAUGGGAAGGUCAGCCCUGCCCCAGCGCGCCCAGCGUAACCCGGGUUUCCUUAGCGCUGCAAAGCCGGGGAACCUCCCGGGCGCCUGCGCCGCCGCGGCGAGACUUGGCGCCGUGGACAUGGAGAGAGAGGGCGACGCACCUGCGCGAAGACGGCGACGGGAGAAGCCGCUCCAGUGCGACUGCGCGGCGGCCCGGGCGUCGAGGCAAACCUCGGCGAGGAGCGCGCCGCGCGCUUGCGCAGAGAACUGCGUUGCGCGGCGGCGGGCAAGGGCCGUGCGGAGUGAGUGGCGCUGCGGGUGGGGCCGUCGGCGGCGCUGGUGAGAGAACGCCGAGCCGUCGCCGAAGCCUCCGCCGCCGAGAAGCCCUUGUUCCCGCUGCCGGGAAGGAGAGUCUGUGCCGACAAGAUGGCGGACGGGGAGUUGAACGUGGACAGCCUCAUCACCCGGCUGCUGGAGGUACGCGGAUGUCGACCAGGAAAGAUUGUGCAGAUGACUGAAGCAGAAGUUCGGGGUUUAUGUAUCAAGUCUCGGGAGAUCUUUCUCAGCCAGCCUAUUCUUUUGGAAUUGGAAGCACCACUGAAAAUUUGUGGAGAUAUUCAUGGACAGUAUACAGAUUUACUGAGAUUAUUCGAAUAUGGAGGUUUCCCACCAGAAGCCAACUACCUUUUCUUAGGAGAUUAUGUGGACAGAGGAAAGCAGUCUUUGGAAACCAUUUGUUUGCUAUUGGCUUAUAAAAUAAAAUAUCCAGAGAACUUCUUUCUCUUAAGAGGAAACCAUGAGUGUGCUAGCAUCAAUCGCAUUUAUGGAUUCUAUGAUGAAUGCAAACGAAGAUUUAAUAUUAAAUUGUGGAAGACCUUCACUGAUUGUUUUAACUGUCUGCCUAUAGCAGCCAUUGUGGAUGAGAAGAUCUUCUGUUGUCAUGGAGGAUUGUCACCAGACCUGCAAUCUAUGGAGCAGAUUCGGAGAAUUAUGAGACCUACUGAUGUCCCUGAUACAGGUUUGCUCUGUGAUUUGCUGUGGUCUGAUCCAGAUAAGGAUGUGCAAGGCUGGGGAGAAAAUGAUCGUGGUGUUUCCUUUACUUUUGGAGCUGAUGUAGUCAGUAAAUUUCUGAAUCGUCAUGAUUUAGAUUUGAUUUGUCGAGCUCAUCAGGUGGUGGAAGAUGGAUAUGAAUUUUUUGCUAAACGACAAUUGGUCACCCUAUUUUCAGCCCCAAAUUACUGUGGCGAGUUUGAUAAUGCUGGUGGAAUGAUGAGUGUGGAUGAAACUUUGAUGUGUUCCUUUCAGAUAUUGAAACCAUCUGAAAAGAAAGCUAAGUACCAGUAUGGUGGACUGAAUUCAGGACGUCCUGUCACUCCACCUCGAACAGCUAAUCCACCGAAGAAAAGGUGAAGAAAGGAAUUCUGUAAAGAAACCAUCAGAUUUGUUAAGGACAUACUUCAUAAUAUAUAAGUGUGCACUGUAAAACCAUCCAGCCAUUUGACACCCUUUAUGAUGUCACACCUUUAACUUAAGGAGACGGGUAAAGGAUCUUAAACUUUUUUCUAAUAGAAAGAUGUGCUACACUGUAUUGUAAUAAGUAUACUCUGUUAUAGUCAACAAAGUUAAAUCCAAAUUCAAAAUUAUCCAUGAAAGUUACAUCUUCACGUAUCACAAUUUUUAAAGUUGAAAAGCAUCCCAGUUAAACUAGAUGUGAUAGUUAAACCAGAUGAAAGCAUGAUGAUCCAUCUGUGUAAUGUGGUUUUAGUGUUGCUUGGUUGUUUAUUUUUAGCUUGUUUUGUUUUUGUUUGUUUGUUUGUUUUUUUCGCUAGAAUAAUGGCAAAUACUUAUAAUUUUUUUCCGUAAACAUUUUUAAAAGUGAAAUACGGGAAGAGCUUUAAAGACAUUCACCAACUAUUACUUUCCCUUGCUUAUCUACUUAGAUACCUGUUUAAUCUUACUAAGAAAACUUAUGCCUCAGUACAUUAAAAAGGAAUUUUAGAGAUUGAUUGAUUUUUAAAAAAUAUGCACACUGUCCAAUCCAGUGAUUUUAAUCAUACAGUUUGACUGGGAAAACUUUACAGCUGAUAGUGAAUAUUUUGCUUUAUACCGAAAUUGCCACUGAUUUGGAUUUGUGCACUCUAAUUUUUAACUUAUUGAUGCUCUAUUGUGCAGUAGCAUUUCAUUUAACUUUAAGAUAAGGCUCAUAUAGUAUUACCCAACUAGUUGGUAAUGUGAUUAUGUGGUACCUUGGCUUUAGGUUUUAAUUCGCACGGAACACCUUUUGGCAUGCUUAACUUCCUGGUAACACCUUCACCUACAUUGGUUUUGUUUUUUUGAGUUUUUUGUUACUGUUGUUGUUUGUUUUUAGAUCCACAGUACAUGAGAAUCCUUUUUUGACAAGCCUUGGAAAGCUGACACUAUCUCUUUUUUCUCCCUCUAUACGAAGGAUGUAUUUAAAUAAGAAUGCUGGUCAGUGGGACAUUUUGUCAACUAUGGGUAUUGGGUGCUUAACUGUCUAAUAUUGCCAUGUGAAUGUUGUAUACGAUUGUAAGGCUUUUGUCACUAAAGAUUUUAUUCUGAUUUUUCAUAAUCAAAGGUCAUAUGAUAUUGUAUAGACAUGCUUUGUAGUGAACUAUAGUAGCAAUAAUUUCUGUACCUGAUCAAGAGUUUAUUGCAGCCUUUCUUUUCCUAUUCUCUCUUUUUUUAAGGAUUAGUAUUAACAAAUGGCAACGAGUAGAAAAGUUAACAUAAAGAUCUUAGAAGGAGAGAACUUACAGGACACGGAUUUGUGAUUCUUUGGCUGUGACACUAUUGGAUGUGUUUCUAAAAGCUUUUAUUGAGCAUUGUCAAAUUUGGAAGCUGCAUAGGGAUGGACAUCAUAUCUAUAAUGCCCUUCUUCUAUAUGUGCUACCAUAGAUGUGACAUUUUUGACCUUAAUAUCGUCUUUGAAAAUGUUAAAUUGAGAAACCUGUUAACUUACAUUUUAUGAAUUGGCGCAUUGUAUUACUGCAAGAGAUAUUUCAUUUUCGGCACAGUGCAAAAGUUCUUUAAAAUGCAUAUGUCUUUUUUUCUAAUACCAUUUUGUUUUAAAACACAUUUUAAAUGUAGUUUUCUCAUUUAGUAAAAGUUGUCUAAUUGAUAUGAAGCUUGACUGAUUUUUUUUCUUACAGUGAGACCUUUAAACACACAUUUUAUUCACAGUUACUAUGUCCUUGACGUAUAUUAAAAUGAUUCUUUUCUGAAAGUGUUCAUGAUCUGCAUAUGAUGUGUUAGGUUAGGUCACACAGGCUUUUAUCUGAGGUGAUUUAAUUAACUUCCUGAUUGGAGUGUGUAAGUUGAGCAAUUUCUAAUAAAACUUUAGUUAUGCUCUUUUAGUAGUCAUAGUGAAGCAGGUCCAGAAAAUAAGCCUUUGGCAGGGAAAAAGGGCAGUGUUGAUUAAUCUCAGUGUUAGUUAAACCACAUUGAUCUGCAUCCCAUUGUCUGGCUUUUAUAAAUUCAUCCAGGUCAAGAUUAAGUAUGUUGGUUAAUAGGAAUCUUUUCUUUUUUUAAGACUGUGAAAAAAUAAUCACUACUUAAGCAAAUUAAUAUUGGUCAUUAAAUUUAAAGGGUGGAAAUUUAUCAUGUUUAAAAAUCAUUUAAGUACUCUUAAAACCACUUAGCCUCCAGUCAUAAAAAUGUGUUCUUUACAAACAUUUGCUUGGUAAUGCUACUUGAAAUAAAUAAAACUUUGUUUCUUAGGACAAAAUUA